GCUUCAAGGGCAAACCUUACUGAUAGCAUUUCAAUAGGAUGAAUGAUUUUGUCAAAAUAAUUUUGGUUAAUCACACUCCACUAUAAAACAACAAUUUUUAUGAGACCAAAACAUGCAUUCAAUAAUCAAUAAUUUUGUCCCUAUUCCCUAACCCAACUAUAUCAAAUAUGAAGAGGUUGAUGAUAAUAUUUGUGUUCCUUAUGUUUCUUCCGAUUAACGCCUUCCGUCCGACCCUUCUUCUAGGCAACCUGAACCUGAUAGAGAGAACUUGCAGGCAAACACCCUUCUAUGAUCUUUGCAUUUGGUCCCUCAAAUCGAGUCCUGAAAGCCGUGACGCCAACCUCAAGAAGCUAGCUCAAAUCAUGGUGGACUCACUCAAAACUCGAGCAACCGAAACACUCGAUCUCACCGACGAGCUACUCCACGACGGCCUUGCACUCGACCCUGCAAUGAAGAAGGCCUUGACAUCUUGCGCAGAGCGCUAUAACGUGAUCAUAAAAAGAGAUGUCCCUGAAAUCAACGAAGCUUUCAAAACGGGUAACUACAAAUUUGCAGAGAAAGGCGCCAAUGAUGCAGCUGUGGAGGCCAACUCUUGUGAGAUCGAGUUCCCUGCUAAAUCACCGUUAACUGAUAUGAACAAAGUGGUGCAUGACGUAUCUGUUGUCGCAGCUUCCAUUGUCAAAAUAAUACAAACUAAGUUUUCCAUAAUCACGCUGAUAGAUGGGGUGGAUCCUCUCCAAUCCAAUUUGAGUAGUGGCCAGGCCUCGCUAGCAGGACUUUUAGGAACAUCUAUGACCUCGGUUGGGUCUCAUCAUGUGGAUCAUUGGAUGAAGCCUUCGGUGCUAAUGCUAAAGAUUAAUAUUGAUGUAGCAUGUCCGAUCUUGGUCGGGAAUCUUGCGGUUGGUGUUAUUGUGCGAGAUCACCAAGGGUUGGUGGUGGCUGGCCCAUCUGAUGCGGGCAUAAUCGAGGCGGAGGCCAUCCUAUCUGGCAUUCGCAUGGCUGUGGAGUUGAAUCAUCCUAAUGUAUGUGCUGAGAGAAUGUUGUACGCCAAUUGA